AUGUCGAUACACUAUAAAUUUAAAAGUACCCUGGAUUAUGAUACUAUCACAUUUGAUGGGCUGCAUAUAUCCGUGGCGGAUCUCAAGAAGGCCAUACUUCAACAAAAGCGACUGAGCAAAAUAACAGAUUUCGAUUUGCAAAUUAUAAAUGCACAAACGAAAGAAGAAUAUCCACAUGAUACCAGUCUCAUACCGAAAAAUACCUCACUGAUUAUAUCUCGUGUGCCGUUAACAAAUCAGGCGAAAAAAUCAUGGGAUGCCGCAAACAAGCCCAUACAGCCACGUAUUGUUCCCAAGCCGGUGGAAAAGACCGACUUUGAUUUAUCGAAAAUGGAGGGUAGUGAAGAAGAAAAAAUCCAGGCCAUGAUGAUGCAAAGUACAGCCGAAUAUGACCCCAAAAGUUAUCAGAAAAUACGUGGUUAUUCACAAACGGGAGAGGUGCCACCAACCUAUCGCUGUAACAAAUGCAAGAAAGGUGGCCAUUGGAUUAAAAACUGUCCAUUUAAUAUAAGCAAGGAACAUACCGAAGUUAAGAGGACAACAGGAAUACCCAAGUCUUUUAUUGACAAGGAGGAAAGAGCCAUGAUGAUUGAAAGCCAAGAACCCUUGGUGGAGGAGGAAAAGAAACAAGAAAUCCCCGAGGAUUUGGUAUGUGGCAUUUGUAAUGAUCUCUUUGUGGAUGCCGUUAUGAUACCCUGUUGUGGUAGUUCUUUUUGUGAUGACUGUGUGCGUACGGCUUUAUUAGAGUCCGAAGAUAAUGAAUGUCCGGAUUGCAAGGAAAAAGGCAGUUCUCCAGGUUCAUUGAUACCCAACCGUUUUCUAAGGAAUUCUGUUAAUGCGUUUAAAAAUCGCACUGGCUACAAGGCUAGCAGUCAAACCAAAAAAGAAGUCAAAAAGGAUCCCCCUCCACCAGCACCACCCGGCAAUGAUGCUGCUGUUGAGGAAGAAAAGCCCCAAUUGGAUGCAAUUAAAAAACAAGAACCACACGAAGAGGCUCACCACGACAAACCAACGGAGGAAAUUGAAAAACGGGAGGAGGACAAUAAUGAAAUUUCAGCAGCAACAACAACAACAGCCGUAACCAAAACGGAUACUGACAACGAAUCAAAGGAUACAGGUUUAUUGGUGACAUCUAAAGCUAAAGAACACACAGAUGAUGUGCCAAGCACCACCACCACAACAGAGGUAAAACCAAAAGAAGAACAUCACCACCACCAUCAUCAUCAUCAUCAUGAUGUCAGUCAUCCCAGUCCGGCUCAUGAAGAUUCGGAUUAUGAGGAUAAUAUUGUGGUUAAAGUACCAUCAGCAUCAGAUACUCGUACUGAAAAGUAUUUGAGUCGCCGCCAUGCUUCAUCGUCGCAUCCAAAACCACCAGGACUAGAACCACAUUCACCAAAAAGUAAACCACAGUAUCAUCAACAGGAAAGUAAUUCACAUCGUUCCCACGAUCGGCCAAGUUCUAAAGAUUGGGAACGAUCACCACGUGAUCAUGAUACACCAUCAUCAUCUGAUCAUUAUGGUGGUGGCUAUGAUAAAAAUAGUCGAUCAAUUUCAUCCUCGAAACCUCCCUUGGAGAAUUGUCCACCUCCUGGAGCACCACCACCCGGCUCGGCGGUACAAGUACCACCCUUAUAUCCUCCACAUCCGUCACAAGGCGGCUAUGAAAUGCAACAACGCCCCAUCCGGCCCAUGAAUAUGCAUGGCGGCUAUCACAAUCACAUGCAUCCACGUCCACCGAUGUAUCCGCCGCAUCCGAAUAUGCCGCCACAUCCGCAUCCACAAGUUGGGCCGCCACAGCUACGUAUGCCAAUUGCAGCAAUGGGUUCAUAUGACCAACAACCCUACAAUCCCAUGGGCAAUGUCGUGGUACCAGGAUAUCAACGAUUUCCCCCAGCACCAAAUAUGCCCAAUCGUUUCAAUUAUCCGAUGAGCCGAGAGCAUGAAAGUCAAAAUCAAAUGAGACCCUAUAAUAAUAUAGCAUCAGUGUAUGAGGUGGUCCAGGCCAAAGUGGGAUCAGGCAUCAUUGAUGAUCCCUUGGAGGCCUUUAAUCGCAUUAUGAAAGAAAAAGAGAAAAAGAAAACCGAAGAGCGGCGUUCCCCAGAUCGUGGUUCACGUCGCCGGUCCAAAGAUCGUCAUAUAAGAGGUAAUUUUCGUACAUCACCAUAUAAUAAUCGCAAUUCUAAGGAUCAUGGCGGUCCUGGAGGUGGUGGCGGCAAUAACAGUGGUGGUGGCGGCGGCAGCUACCACGACAAAAGAGGCCGUUCUCGUGAUAAUGACCGUCGUUGGCCGCGUUAUGAAAAACCCAGCGGCGAUAAAGAACGGGACAGGGACCGUGAAAGGGACAGAGAAAGGGAACGUGAUCGUGGCAAAGAUCAUGGCUAUAGGAAUAAUCGACGUUCUAAGUCUAUGGAAAGAAAUUCAAGAUCGAGAUCUCAUUCACCUUUGAAUAAACGCUAUCGUUCACCAUCGAAUCACAAAGGUCAUGGUGGUGGCAAUCAGGAUAAGCAUCCGCAUCAUUAUCAUCCAAAAUCUAGAGCGGAGGAUCAUGAGGAUACAAUGCACAGUAAUAGACACAAACGUGAAGGUAGUCGUGGUCGUCACAAUUCAAAACCAUUUGAUAGCAAGGUCAUGAACAAUGACGACCGAAUGCCAGGAGGAGAUAUGAGGAAACACUAUAACAUGAAUGAUGAAAAUUCUGAACCGCCUCCACCAGGAUUUGAAUUACAAACCACCACCAACUCACGUAAUCCAUUCCAUAGUAAUAGUACGGCAUCGCCCUCAACUAAUCUAAGAGAAAUUCGCCGAAAUCCCACACCAGAUUUAUAUGAGAAAUGUGUCUCCCAGGAUUUGGAGGAGAAUAAAUUGUACACCAGCAAUACCACCACUGCUGCUACUGGUGGUGGUAAUCGAAAUUCAGAAAGAGAUUUACGUUCGUCUAGGACACGUUCUAGAUCAAGAUCUCGAUCUCGUUCAAGUGUUCGCACGGCCGAGAAACGUCGUAAAAUGCAAAGGAGUACAACGCCCAAAGGUAAACCUUCAGCGACUGAACAUCAUCAUCACAAAAAGGACAAGGAUAAGGGAUCAUCGUCGGAUAAGGGAUCAUCACAUCACAACAAACAUAAAAGUGUGGAUCGUCACACACAAAAGGACAAGGAACAGCAUCACGAUCGUGAACGCGAACGUGAUCGUGACGAUCAUCAUCAUCAUGAUUUUGAUACGAAAAGACGUAGCAUGACCCCGCCUAGACAGCAAAAGGAACCCCUAAAGGAUGCCAAUGAUCAUCAUCAUCGUCAUAAAUCUAUGAGUGAUCAUCAUCCCUCAUCGCCCGACGAGAAAUCCGAAAAGAAAUCGGAAAAGAAACUCAAAGAAAGUAAGAAAAAGAAACGCAAAGAUAAAAGUGAAAAGAAAAAAGUCAAAAAAGAAAAGAAAUCGAAAAAGGAAAAGCGACGACGAGAACAUCAACGUGACCAAGAAGACCGUGACGAACAUGAUGAUGAUCAGAAGCAACAAGAACAUGAUCGUUCGGACGAGACUUUACACGACGAUGACAACAAGAAUACCAGCAGUCAUGAAGAAUUGAAAUCAACGACAGAAAAGGAAUUUCAGCUGUACGACGAUCUGGAAGAGGAGGGAGAAUAUCGCAGUGUGGAAAAGGAAUUGCAACCCAACUCGACUCCUAAAAAUAAUUCAUCAUCACCGCCUCGAAUGGAAAUUGGUAUUACAACACCACCCAACAAACAAACAACAACAAAGUCGUCAUGUGAUUACGGCUCGGCCGACAAAACACCACCCUCGUCAGAUAUUAAGUGCUUUGAUGCCGUUCUAGAUAUACACGAAUACGAAACGGAUUUCGAUGAUAGUUUUAAACUUCAGGACAAUGUUGCUGGCACCAGUCAUAAUAAUAAAUUGGUGGUCGCACCGGAAACAUCCAAAUGGGAAUUAGAUGACAAUCUUAAUACAAUGAUGGGUGGUGGUGAUCGUAUGCCGGGAGAGAAUAAAAACGAUGAUGAUUACGACCACUUGGGUCAUAACAACAACAACAGUGACAAUAAGGUAACCAAUGAUGUUAUUGUACGGGCGGAAAAGGCUAUAUUUGCUCGAGCCAUUAAUGCCAUUCGGCCCAUUGAAUUACACAAGAAAUCUUCCUCGAAGGAGCGGUCUUCAUCGGCGAAAAAUUAUCCCGAUGAUCAUCAUGAUCAUAAUAUGCGAAAUAUUAAAAUAACAUUGCCUGUGAACAUUAGCAAUGAACGUUCCGUUGAGGUGCGGGAGGGUGAGAAGAAAAAAUCCAUAAAGGAUAGAUUAGGCAGUAAAGUCAAUCAGCCGGAUCAUAGUGAACGCCAUCACUCCUCUCGAAGAGGGGUGAGCGAGAGCAAAAGUUCCAGUGGCAAAAGAGGAGGAGGGGAGAGAGAGAAAAAUAGCCGUGAUCGUGAAAGGGGGACGACGGCGGGAGGAGCUGAUAGAGAACGUGACCGAAGAGAAAGAGAACGUGAGCGUGAACGCGAACGAGAAAAGGAUAGAGAUCGUGAAAGAGAACGAGAGAGGGAGCGGGAAAAGGAACGUGAGCGAGACCGUGAACGUGAAAGAGAGAAGGAAAAAGAGCGGGAAAAGGAUCGCAACAAAGAAAGAGAACGCCUAAAGCAACGUGACAGUGGCCGAGAUCGUGAAAGGGAACGAGACAGGGAUCGUGAUCGUGAACGCAAUCAUCAUGAUUACGACAAAGAACAACGUAACAAAGACUGUAAAACUAAAGAAAAGUCUGAUAAAGAACAACAUCAGCCACAACGUGGCGGUGAUAAUGAGGAGAGGAGAAGGCAUCAUCACUCAACGCCGCCAACGGUUUCGUCAAGGAAGCGUAGCCCCUCCUCGUUAUCCUCCGACUCUGAUGACAGUGAUGUGGAACGUAAACGUAAACAUGCCAAGACCGAUAAAAAAUCACGUAAACGUUCCGAAUCGCCAGACAGUGAUAGCAAACGAUCCAGCAAAAAGAAAGCCAAAUCGGACAAGAAGAAGAAAAAGAAGAGUAAAAAAUAAACAAACAAA